AUGUCUGUGAGAGUCAGCCGAAGCGUAAACUACAGUAGCGGCGGCGGUGUCGCUCUGGGUCGCUUCGGAUCGGCCACUGGGAUGCAUUUCUCCGGAAUCGGCGGUGGGAGCUCGCGCGCGUCCCAGUCCUAUGGAAGCCGCUCACCAAGCGUGUACGGAGGCGCAGGGGGAUACGGCACGCGCAUCUCCAGCGCUGUGUCUUCAGUCUCCAUGGCAGCACCAGGUGGAGACAUGGCGGUGUGUGUCGUCAAUGAGAAGCACACCAUGCAAAAUCUCAACCACCGCCUGGCAUCUUACCUCGAAAAGGUAAAGUCAUUAGAGGCAGCAAAUCGGAAACUGGAGCUACAGAUCAAAGAUUUUUUUGAGAAGAGGUCUCCUGUACACGUCAAGGACCUCACUGUCUACAACGUCACUAUUGAAGACCUCCGCAAACAGAUUAUGGCCAGGAUUACGGAAAAUUCCAGGAUAACUCUGCAUAUUGAUAAUGCAACUCUGGCUGCUGAGGACUUCCAGUUGAAGUAUGAGAAUGAGGUGAGCAUGCGCAUGUCUGUAGAGGCGGACAUAGCUCGUCUGAAGGGGGUCCUGGCAGAACUCAAGAUGGCCUUUGGAGACCUGGAGAUCCAGAUCAAGGGGCUGAGUGAAGAGCUGGUCUGGCUCAAAAAGAACCAUGAGGAGGAGCUCCAGGUGCUUAGGGUCCAGCAAAGUGGUUCUGUCCACGUGGAGCUGGACUGUGCUCCCCCUCAGGACCUGGAGAGGGUUAUGCGGGAGAUGAGGGAACAAUAUGAGGCGGUGAUCCAGAAGAACCACAGAGAUGCAGAAAAAUGGUUUGAGGGCAAGGUGGAGGUGGUCCGAAGCCAGGUGACCACCAGCGUCACUGAGGUCAAGUCCUCUCAGACGGAGGUGACUGACUUAAAGAGAACCUUCCAGAAUCUGGAGAUUGAGCUGCAAGGACUCCUUACACAGAAAUCUAGCCUGGAGCAGCAGCUGUCGGAGGUGGGUGGCCGCUACGGCCUGCAGCUGAGCCAGCUCCAGCUGCAUAUCGACAGCCUGGAGGCCGAGCUCCAGCAGCUCAGUGUCAGCAUCCAGCAGCAGGCCGCCGAGUACCAGCUCCUGCUGGACAUCAAGAUGAGGCUGGAGAUAGAGAUCGCAGAGUACCGCCGGCUCCUGGACGGAGAGGGAUGCAUGAGGAGCACCACCUCAAUGACUUCAUCAAUGAGUUCCUCUGUUACCACAACGACAACCAAGGAGAUCUCCAAAGUUGAGGUGGUGGAGGUUGAGGAGGAGGAGGAGGAUGAGUACAACCCUCACAGACAGCGGAGGGUGAAGGUCAUCGUGGAGGAGAUGGUGGACGGCGUGGUAGUGUCCUCCUCCGUAGACGAGAAGCUCCAGGAAAUGGCCUAG